GUCUCUACCUUGUCGGCCUCUACGUUCAUCAUUCAUUACGUUGAUAUCAUCGCUUGCGCUCGAAGUCGAGACUCCAGUCUCCAGCCCCAUCCGCCGCCAUGACGAUGCCUGCUCUUCAGGUGGCCAAAAAACAGCUUCGGUCGAGAAUGGGCGAUGUCUUGCAGAGAAUCCCCGCGGAUUCCAUCACUCAACAAUCCAGAGCGGCCACGAGUAAACUCCUGUCCAUGGAGGAGUACCGGAAUGCGCGGCGCAUCGGAGUCUAUCUCUCCAUGCUGACGGGGGAACUGUCCACCACGGACAUCGUGCAAGAUGCGCUGGCAGCGGGCAAAGAGGUGUAUGUGCCACACAUCCACACCCUGAUGCCGCCGAUGGUGCAAGCGAAGACCUCCACAAUGGACAUGUUAUCCCUAGAUUCGAUGGAGGAGUUCUACGCGCUAAAGCGCGACAAAUGGGGGAUUCCGUCGUUCACGAAACCGCAAGCCGAGACUAAGAAGAACUGCUUCGGAGGGACUGGCAUCGCCGUGGAAGCCCGCCAGGACGAGGUCGGACUCGACUUGCUCGUCAUGCCCGGAAUGGCUUUUGAUUCGGGAUUUCGGCGCCUGGGCCAUGGGAGAGGAUAUUAUGAUCAAUUUUUGGCUAGGUAUUUGAAAGAUGCUGAGAGCCAGAACAAGACGCAAAAGAUGCCUCUACUCGUGGCUCCCUGUCUCAGGGAGCAAAUGCUGUCCGCGCCCGAACAAGUCCCCGUGGCCGAUCACGACUGGCUAGUAGAUGUUCUCAUCGUGGGCGACGAAGAGUGCACCUUCCGCCAGCGCUGAUUGAGAAACCCGAACCACCGAAGUUCACUUAAGUUAUCCCCUCAUGGCAAGUUUCUCGUGUACGUAGUAGAUGUGCAUAUGAUUGUUUCCUCCCACCGGGAACGUGUAGAUAGCUCUCUUGAUUAACAGACAAGUGUGGAAUUUGGUCGUGACACAAGCGAAAAAAAAUUGAUUUUGUUGUUUUUGCUUUUUCUUCCAUUUCGGUAUUUUUUUCUCUAUUAAAUGUUCGGCCCCU